AUGUGUGAUGAGGAUCAGGACUACACCUGCCCUCACUGCGACCGCACCUUCACCUCUCGCAUCGGACUGGUCGGUCACUUGCGAAUCCAUCGCACAGAGACUUGUGAACCAGUGCCUGGAACACCAACCUACACCCACCGCACUCGCCUCCACUGCCCACAAUGCCCUCGCACCUUCACACACCGCAAGGGCCUGUUCGGCCACAUGCGCAUCCAAGAGAGCGGAAUUGACCGCAGCCUUGACACACCCACCCCGCCGAGCCCCACUCCCAAUCCAUCACAUUGUGCACCCACUAACCACUCCCCAGCCGACAUCGACGCCACCCACCUUACCACCCCCAAUCCUCCCCUUAAUCCUCCUCUUUCUCCUUCACUGCCACAACGACGGCCGCUUCGGCGUCUGUCGCCCACGACUUCACCACAGCCGAACCUGACACAACAACAGGCACAACCCCUGCAACCUCCAUCAUCAGACGUGAGGGCCAGGACUACAUCUGCCCUCACUGCGAUCGCACCUUCACCUCACGCAUCGGCCUGGUCGGUCACUUGCGAAUCCAUCGCACAGAGACUGGCGAACCAGUGCCUGGAGCACCAACCUACACUCACCGCACUCGCCUCCACUGCCCACACUGCCCUCGCACCUUCAGGCAUCGCAUGGGUCUAUUCGGCCACAUGCGCAUCCACGACGACCUGCGGUAGACAACCGCUGGUCACACCACACAUUCCCUCACUCUCUACCUCCUAACACCAUCACCCGCCAGACAUCAACCCCCACACACCUCAUGCACUCAACUGCCGCCUCCCACGCAAGUGGGAAGUGUGCAUCUCGACUCGGUCCCCAUGCAGUUUCGGCUGCACGGGUGACUUGUGUCCAAGACUAUCCCGACACGUCAAGUGUGGUGGAUGGGAAGGUUGCUGAUUGAGGCCCGCUCUCGGUUCACGCAGUCCGUCACGUUAUGUGUGUGUGUUGUGUGUAGUGGCGGACUGGUGGGUUGAGGACGGGCUGCAACAGCACCUUCCACGGCCCUCUCACGCAAGUGGGAGACACGCCGUUCUACCCCCGUUGUGUGAAAUCCUGGUGUUUGUGUGUGUAUGGGGGGCCAGGUCGUGCUGUGGCGCGCGCAGGCAUGGUCAGUCGACCAUGUCAGCCACCGCGCCCAUUCCCCACUCCAGUCUACUGACCGGCUCGGACAGUGGCUGGGGUGUGGGAAUGGGAAGGGAGAGUGAGGUCGACGACUCAGCGCAUUUUCCUCACUAUAAUCAAUCUGAAGCGCUUGAAGCUAUCACGGUGCGCUAAAAGCCGUGGCUUGGAAGGUUGCCAACUGACGGGGUACCUUGGACCUACUCCUUAACGGGAGGCGGUCUGAGAGUCAGGCUGCAAUGGCUCCUUUUUAAUGUGGCCUUUAUGGCAUUCCCACCACAAUGUGGGAUCCGAGCCAGACGUUGGCGGCACGCCCAGGUGCGGCUUCGGCCGUGCCAGCCUCCAAAUCUCCGUUGUGUUGGUUGAAAUCCUGGUUAUUGUUGUGUGGACCAGGGGGUGUGGUGGAACGCCAAGGCGAGGAUCCGUCCGAGCCAUCCACCUGCGGCCUCCCUCGUCUCCGGUCUUCUUGACUCUGUCUUGACACCGGGCCCAGGCGGGGGAGGAGGAGAGAGUGUAGGUAGAUGCAGCGCAAGUCUACCGGCACUAUAAACCCCUGCGCAAGUCACCGUCCCUGCUCCCACCGCUGCUGCAGCUGUGGGGCACACGGUGGUCAUCGUCGAAACCGACGGACGAACUGUCGUGUGUGUGUGUGUGGGGGGGGGGUGUAGGGUGUCAGUGUUGGGUUCACGUGAAGGUCGUAGUGGUCGCUCACUUGCUUGCAGGUGAGCCUACGCCUAGCGUACAUUUGCUGGCACCCAACUCUCACCUGUGGCUCCACGUAGCUGGGCUCUGCUCAGCGGCCACACCCCGGGCAACCGUCUCGACCGUCGGGCUAAAUCCGGUGACUGCGCUGUGCGCUGUGCCGUGUGUACAGGUUUUGCGGACUCCGCUGAAUAGAAGGUCGGAUUGAACCUUGCAUCGGCACCGUCGUGACGUUGUUCGUCUCUGCACUCCGCUGGACUGCCGGUGACGCUAUUGAACUCCUACUCGACCUCGCCUUGACGCGCCCACCUACGCCGUUGGAGGCCACAGCUUACGGCGAAUUCGAGUCGCUCUCCACUACAAACAUAUAGUCGUGGUCCCAUAUUGGAGUUCGGCCGAGCCAAUCGGCUCAUGGCAGCCCUAUUCAGUGGUGGCACUGCCAGCACCCACGAGGGGAAGGGCCUAGAAAAGGUGGCCUAAAAAUUGCUGUGCACCACGCCGUUUCCAGGCUAGCCACGGCCGCAGACAACUAAACAUGUUCGAAACAAUCGAAAUCGAAACAACAACAAAACCAAUAACAAUAGCAAAUAUACUCAUUCUCCUCAUGCUAACUCUUCUUCACCUUCCUCCGUCUAUUCUUCUGCCUAUACUUUUCCUUCGUUAUCUUCUUCUCCACCUCCUUCUAGUCGCCCCACUCGUUGUCCCCAGACUGAAAGGGUGAGCCCGCUCACUCUGGCGGCCUAGAAUUUUCGUUCCCUUUUAGACAAUCCGAGGAGCAACCGACCGGAACGGAGGACGGCGCUAGUGGCACGAGAAGUGGCGCGCUACAAGGUGGACAUCGCCGCACUCAGCGAGACCCGAUUCUCUGAACAAGGACAAUUGGAGGAGGUGGGUGCCGGCUACACCUUCUUCUGGAGUGGUUGA